AUGACCGUGAAGUGUGAACUCGAAAGCUCUCCAAAAUGUCAACAAGAAGAAAUCCGUCUCCCCGUUAUUGGCAAAAGGCACGUACAGGGUUUUUUGAUGUUCUUGUGUCUCAUGGUCGAACAAGGAGGAAGAGGCACGAUCAACGUUGCUAUUGUCUCUAUGACCAACCAAAAUGAAACAAAUCCCGACAUAUCGACCUACAACUGGGACAACAGCAACGUAGUGCUCUCCUCAUUUACAUGGGGCUAUUUGAUUCUGCAAGUUCUGGCAGGUCAAGUGGGCGGUAACCACGGUUACAAAUGGCUUGCCUUCACAGCAAUGGCAGUCAAUUCCCUAGCCUGCUUAUUAAUACCUCUGGCAGCUGCUUAUCUAGGCUCUUACGGAGUUAUGGGGUGCAGGGUGGUUCAAGGCCUUGCUCAAGGCUUCUUUUUCCCUAUAGCCUAUCUUAUGUUGAGCAAAUGGGCGCCGGAAGAAGAAAGAAGUCGUAUGACGACAUUCGUUUACUCAGGUAUUCUGGUAGCGGGAAUAAUAACAGGACCGGUGACGGGCUACAUAUGUGCCUCUUCAUUAGGGUGGCCGAUAGCGUUUUACGUGUUUGGAGGCCUCGGUCUCUUGUGGUGCGUCUUAUGGCUGUUCAUGGGUUACGAUAGUCCUGCUGUACAUCCCACGAUCAGUCCCCAGGAAAGAAAAUAUAUCGAAGAAUCGCUGGGACACCAUGAAGCUGCGGAGGUAAUUCAAACUCCGUGGAAAGCUAUGCUCACGUCGAUUCAUUUUUGGGCUAUAGUGGUGGCUUCGAUUGGUACCGCUUACGGUGCUAAUUUUCUCGCGACCGAAAUGAACCAGUAUUUGGUUAACGCCAUGAAAUUCAACGUCGAAUCGAGCGGAGUUAUAACUGCCUUGCCGCACGUUGCCGCCAUGAUAACCUCACCAUUGUAUGGCUUCAUGUCCGACUUAAUCAUUAAGAAAAAAUGGCUAUCGCGCUUGAAUUCGAGACGAUUGUUUCAACUUUACGGGUGCUAUCCCCAAACUAUAAUUCUAAUUUGGAUGGCGUUCUUAACAAAGUCGCAGGGAAUUUUGGCAGCCGCAUUGCCUGUGCUGUCGUUCAGCGCGCUGGGAGCUAUUAUUUUUGGAGUAAACGUGAAUACCCUUGAUUUGUCGCCGAGGUUCGCCGGAGUUACUAACGGGAUUGCGAAUACCCUAGGCUCUGCUUUUGGGUUACUUGCCCCGUUAGUGGUUCAGUACACAGUACCCCAUAUGGACGACCCGGAAGAAUGGAGACUUCCAUUUCUGAUAUGCGCCGCAGGGUACGGAGUUUCGGCGACAUUUUUUGCAAUUUUCGUGUCGGGUGACAAGCAGUGGUGGGACAGUGGACCGAUCAAAAUCACCAGUGACACCGACAAAGUUUAAAUACGUUAUGUGCUUGUAACGACAAUCAAAACGAUUGAUUCUUCUGUGAUCUGUAAACAUAUCGA